UGUCUCCAGUGUUUCAAUUAUUAGCACAAGCAAGUGAACUGGAAUCGUGGAGUAACAUGUUCCUGCCUGUGUUAUUGCAAGCGGUCCUACUGCUUCUGGCCAUUGUGUGUACACAAAGCAUACACAUUACCACCAGAAAUGAAGUGGAUCUUCGUAAUUUGUUAAAAAACAAUACAAAUACAGAAGGAGCCACAGAUUUUGAAGGAAAUCAGCAAACAAUUUUUAGUGCUGAGAGUAGUCCUGUCACCAUAAGACACUUUAGACAAGGCCAAUCCAAUCCUAUGCGCAUAGGCAUCACACUCAGUGUCUUCGACACUAUAAAGUAUAAAAACUUCUGCAGUUUCUGUUUCGACAUUUCACAGUUUUUUCCAAAUAGCCCAUGUAUUUACGCAGCAACAGACCUUGACAACGGUAUCCAUUACAGUAUAACUGAAGAAACCCCCCAACCCGAUAAAGUAUUUUCAUUUUUAAUAGGACAACCCUCAUCAUCGGAUCAAUGUCACAGCUUAAAGAUGCAAACCGAUCGAGUGCAAGCAUGUUUGAAGUGGAAAGAUGUCAAUUGGGAUCGCGUCAACGUUAAUGCUUGCAUGUAUGCCCGACUUAAAUAUCACAACCGUCAUGAGAAGGAUAUUAAAAUACACUGUUGUCAAUUUACGACGGAUACUACAGGUCCUCCAAUCACGAUUCCACACGCAUAAUUCUAUUUACUAAAUAUAUAAAGUCAAAGUUUAUGUAUAUAUAUA